UAUGUUGGUUGCUUCCUUGGUUACAUUGUAAGGCAAACAGUUCAAGAGCAACAGUAGCAGUAACCUAAAUGCAUUUUCUUAAUUAAUCGGACUGUUUAUAGAUAGUAUUACAGCAUGUCACUGCCUUUCCUACCAGGAAAUUCAUUCAACCCAGCGGUUGGGAAGAACAAAUUUCACAAAUCGCACCAUUUCGAUGUCAGCAAUGAUGUCUCAAUGCUUGUCGGUCAUGAGAAGCCUGGCAUUGGAGGAGAACUUCUUAGAGGGCAGAAGUUAAAGGCGAAAAACAGUAACUACCCUCGCGGAGAGGGUUCCAAUCUCCCGGCAUGGGUGGCCUUCGAUAGGCAGGUUCUGUGUUUUGAUGCUUUCUUUCAAGAGGCUGUGUAUGAGAAGAGAGAAGAACAAUACAGAGUUAGGAACUGUAAAAUAUAUUUCUACCUUGAAGAUGACUCCAUUCAAGUUAUUGAACCGAGAGCAAAGAACAGUGGAGUUCCACAAGGAACACUCAUCAGAAGGCACAGAGUUUCCAAACCACCACCGUGUGAUGAUGAGUAUUACACAGUAGAAGACUUCAAUAUCAACAAAGAGAUCAACCUCUACUCUAAAGUAUUCAAGAUUACCAACUGUGAUGAGUUUACUCGCAACUUUCUCAAAAAACUUGGAGUCCGAAUCCAAGAAUCAACAACUGGUCCAAAUGAUCCAUACUCCAACUACAGAAAAGCUAUGGAUGAAUCUAUGCAGCCCCUGCGACCAUAUGAGAAACAUGACACUUUGAAACAGUUCCUGGAUCACGAUCGUCACGUCCUAAGGUUCUACUGCUACUGGGACGACACAGAGGCAAUGUUCGGUGACCCGCGCGAGAUGGUGCUUCACUAUUUCCUGGCUGAUGAUACCAUCGAGAUUAGAGAAGUAAUCCCAGCAAAUUCAGGUCGUGAUGCUGCCCCAAUGUUUCUGCGACGAGGCAAGCUGCCCAAGAAUGUUGAAGCCCUGAAGCAGCCUGGCAAGGUGACCGACAGGACGGUGCUUAACGUUUUCGGCCCCACUGGACAUGGAGGAAGAUACAUUCUUGACAGUCUUAAGACUGGCGCAAGCCCCACAGAAUUCUACAAUGACAGUGACCUGACCCUGGGUGCAGUUGUUAACGUGUGGGGACGCAAGUAUCUCCUGGUCGACUGUGAUGACUUCACCAAGGAGUACUACAAGACCAAAUAUGGCAUGGAGGAAUUCCCAACCAUCCAGUACAAGCAGAACCCCAUGGGUGGCCCGUCCAAGGAAUGGCCACCUUACAAUGGCUGGGGUAGCGAGGAAGACUCUCUGUGCUCUUGUAUGGGUCUCCUACCCAAACCUCCACGCAGGGACUUUAUCAAGUUCAUGGAGAAGGACCGUCGUGGUCUGGACAGCAACGUUCUCCGCUUCUUGGCCCGUAUGGACACAACAAAGCCCAUCGACAUGGAUCGACGAUUCAUCAUCUCCUACUUCCUGUCUGACGAUACCAUCUUGGUGUUUGAGCCUCCCGUCAGGAACUCUGGAAUUAUCGGUGGCAAGUUCCUAGAACGUACCCGCAUCAAGCAGCCUGCCCAGCCACUGUACAGUACGAGUAUGUCCGAGUAUUAUCUAGCCCAGGACCUUUAUGUGGGGGCUCACGUUGACUUUAACAGCCACAAGUUCAUCCUGAUUGAUGCUGACGAGUACGCGUUCAGAUACAUGGAGGCUAAUUCCUCAGAGUUUGAAAAAGCCAAUGUUGAAGCCAUUGUGAACAGGGUGCGACAGUCAGUUGGCAACAAGCCGGAUGAUGUACGAUCCUUCUUCAUGCGUAAUGACUCAGGGGGAACCGGAAUCAUCCAGUACGACCAGCUUGGUGCCCUUAUACGCCAGAUUGUUCCUGGCAUCUCCGACCACGAGAUUAUGGCUCUAGCUAGGAUGUAUGCCGAGAGGUCCAGCGAUGACGGUGUUGAUGCCAGAAAACUUGUUGCCAUCGCCCAGGAGCAGCUGAGGAAACGCAACUAUGAGGGCUUUGCUAAACUCAUUGAGUCUUUCCAGCAGGCAGAUAAGGAAAAGAGCGGAUGCCUUGACGCCGAAGUUAUCAGGAACGUUUUCCAGGCCCACCAUGUCCCACUGCCAGACGACAUCUGCCGUGCUAUCAUGUGCCUAGCUGUAGUAGAGAACGGCAAGGUCAUGUACCAGGGCCUCGUCGAUCAGCUUAACUGGCGUGAUUGCCCUGUGGCGCCUAUGCAAUAUCAGCCAAUCACAUCGGACGAGAGCUGGUCGGGAAAUAAGCCAGGAACCGUCGUUAGCAGGAUACAGUAUCAACCACUUCUAGAUGACAUCUUCGGCAAACAGACAAAUAAUUGAGAACUGUUUUUGUUACACCUGAAUAGGACAUAAAAGACAAUUUUAAUCGGUGGAUUUUGAAUAUUUUAACAAAAAAGUGCAAGUGUGCAACUGUUUAUGAUAAUGAAUCAUAGAACAUGAAAACAAUGUUUACAGAAUAUAUAAGAAAUAAAACAUCCUCAAGCUACCAAUGGUUUAUAGAUGUGGCUAAGUGUUCGGAUUGAUUUUAUAGGUACAUGUAUCUCUGUUUCCAAUCUGACGAGAACAAUCUAUCAGUACAUCAAACAACUAUAUUAUCAGUAGUCCAGUACAUAAUUAUCUUUUAUAUAUACAUUUAUAAAGUUGUUUAAAUUAAUUAAAAUGGAAGAAAAUUAUCAUUUAAUGUCACAAUGCUAUUUAAAACAUGAUUAUAUUAUUAAUAAUCAAUUUACAAAUAAAGCUUACUGUUAGUUAUUAUGAAGUAAUUCGCUGAGUAUGUGGCAGUGAAAAAAAUGCUUUGUUAAAUUCUUAUAUUUGUGAUAGAUUUACACUAUACAUUUUACUUGUUUGUCAUUUAAUACGUGUUUUGCAGAUGAUACAAUAUUCUGCUGUCAUGUUAAGAAUAAACCUUAAAUAUUA